AUGGAAGAUCAGGAGAAUGACUACGAUGAAGCAAAUAAUGAACAGGUUAAUGCAGAAUCAAUGUUCUUAUUCAGACAAACUACAGGGGCGAUUUUAAAUUAUUACGCCAAAUACAUGCUCAAGGAACCAUGCCGUACAUCUCAACGAACAGGUCAUACACUCAUGCACGAAAUACUAAAUGGUAAUGAAACUCGAUGUUACCAAGAUUUUCGUAUGACAAAAUCAAUUUUUUUGGAUUUAUGUCGUGAUUUAAUCGAAACAUAUGGUCUCACCCCUACACGAGGAAUGUUUGUGCCUGAAUCAGUCGGAAUAUUUUUGAUGAUUUGUGGGUAUGGGGUUGGGAAUCGAUUAAUACAAGAAAUGUUCAAUCAUUCUGGUGAGACAAUUAGCCGGCAAUUUCAUAGAGUUUUGGUUGCUGUUAAUAAGUUAGCUAUUGAUAUUAUUAAACCACAUCCAAAUUACAAUGAUGGGGAAGGAUACCACAAACCAAAUAAUCCCAAGUAUUUGCCAUUCUUUAAGGAUUGUAUUGGAGCUAUUGAUGGUACUCAUGUAAAGGCUCGGUUGCCACGAGGUGAGGAAGUACCAUAUAUAGGACGUAAAGGAUAUGCAACCCAAAAUAUCCUUGCAAUUGUAGAUUUCAACAUGUGUUUUACAUUUGCAUGGGCGGGGUGGGAGGGAUCAGCUCAUGAUGCCAGAACAUUUGGUGAAGCAAUUCGUAGGUCCGACUUGAAUUUUCCCCACCCAACAGGAGAGAAAUAUUAUCUAGUAGAUGCAGGAUACUCUCAUACGACUGGAUACAUGGGGCCAUACAAAGGUGAAAAUAUAAGAUAUCAUCUUGAAGAUUUUCGACGUGCAAGAACAAGCCGAUUGCGUGCACCAAGAGGGCAUAAAGAGUCAUUCAAUUACUUACAUUCUUCUUGCAGAAUGGUUGUUGAGCGGACUUUUGGAGUAUGGAAGAAAAGAUUUAGGGUUUUGGGAGAUAUGCCUGCAUAUAAUUUUGAUACCCAACGAGACAUUGUUUUAGGUACAAUGGCCAUCCAUAACUAUAUUAGAAAGAAAGGGAUACAUGAUGUUGCAUUCACUGCAGCUGAAAACGAAAAUUAUAUUCCUGAUGCACAAUCUAUGACACCAUCUGAUAGUCAAAGGAACGAUGAAGUGAACCGGAGUGAUAUUUAUUGGAUGGCAAUGCGAGAUGCUAUAGCUCUAGAUAUUGGACAAUCACGAUAA